AUGGGCGCCGCCGCCGCCGCCGCCGCAGCCGCCAUCGUGGUGCCCGGAGAGGAACACUUGCGUCCCGUGGCGGCGGUGCAACCGCGCCACCUGGCCGACGGCAGCUGCGACUCGUCGUGUUCCCCGCCGCCGCCCGGAGGCCGUCGCGGAGAGUCGCCGUCGCAGCACCCCCUGCCGCUGAUGCACCACCAGACGCCGUCCGAUGGAUCACGACCAACGGAAGGGAGUAGAACUUACGGUGAAAACACGGAGGUUCUUCGGGAAUCAAUCCAGGCUAUUCUGGACACAUUCCGGUUCCCAGUGGAGACGUUACCUCUCAUCUACGUUGUUCUCAAGGACGCCAAGUCCGACGUCAAAGAAGCGUACAACCGCAUUCUGGAAGGCCCGUCGGACGAUAGCUUCUUGGAAGUGUGGACGUUGUUUGUUAUUAUCUGUUCCGGAAAAAUAUGUUUUGGUUUUUAUAAAAACGUUCGGGAUACUAUAACGUCAGUCUUAAUCAGUGGAAAAGGAUGAGAUGGAUUUUACUGAUAGCACCUGUAAUUGAUUCAUAUAGAUUAUUGACAUUGCUUAUUUGUCUCCAAGAGAAAAAGAGGGAAACGAUAAAGCGAAUUAGGAGUCGUGCAAGUGUGCGUACGGUCUCAGUAAGUGCCAGCAGAAAAUAUGUUUGCAGUUAGAGGACCGGCAUGAAUAGGAAACAGCAAGACAUAUGGCAUCAGUUUUGUUGUGUAGUGAGCCCCUCAGGUUGAGUUAGGGUUUGUGUAAUUCGUGUUAUUCACUCAAAGGUAACUUAAAAGGAAGUUGGUUAAUAGAAUGACCAUGUUGCGUCAGAGGUACCAUCAAAUAUCAGAAAAGUUUUAGACUUUGAGUAACUGCAAAUGGUGAGAAUUUUCUGUUGUAAACAUUUUAACGAAUAUCAAUUUCUUACUCAGGUACCACAGCGCUAGGAGAGAGAAAACUACGUUGUUUUCCUUCAGUUAGAAAUCGAAUUAUGGAUUUUUUCGUAAUGCAGUACGUAUACAUAUUUACGUGCUCGAAGGAGGAGCAUAAAUUACAGUAAGACAACGUCAUAAUGACAACUUUUUCCAUCCUCGAGAAUAUCUAUAAAAUAAUAGUAUUUGAUUGAGUUGAUUACGGAAAUAAUAGUUUGAAAUUACAAAGCAUGAAUUCGCAGUUAUGGAAG